GUUUUGUUGCGUCUUCCAAAUUGCGGGAAGGUUGUAUCCUGUUCGGAACUCACCUGGUUGGUUGGUGAAUUCUGUGGUGUGUACUUUAUAGGAAACUGGUUAUAUUUCCACGUAUAAUACUGCGCAGCAGAAAGUUGUCAAUCUGCUCUAAAAUGCAUACGGCAUGUUAAAUGAUAUAGAUUUGUUCAACACUUUACCUAAGGGUGCAAAAAUUUUCGCACCGCAAACAAAUGACAACUUUUGUGUUGAAGGAACAUCAAAUUCGUCAUCACCUUUAAACUUUGGUGCGAACCAGCCUCUUAGACCGUUUUCCCAUCCCUCGCACUUAUGUAAUAAAGAUCUAACUUCACACUGUCUCGAAGACCAUGUACAUGCACCUGUACUUAGUUACACAAGACCAUCUAGCACACCAGCUUCCAGUAAGUCUGUCAAACAUGCUGCGAAAAAGCUUACUGACUUCUUCCCAUUUCCGGUAGCAGUUGGAUAUUCAAGUCAGUUGUGUGGUGAAAGUCCCGCCAUCGAAAAACUUGAAUUGUGUCGUCCUAAUAGUUUUACUCCUUCGAGGUUUACGCCUCUCAAAGAGGAUUCAUCAGUAGAUCCAGUUGUGGAUGGUCUGGUAAACAACACAAUCCCAUAUGAGGUAGAUGAUAAAGACUCUUUGUUCACUACACAGGCAUUUACAUCAACGGGGGACGAUGAGAUGUAUGAUAGUGAAGUUCCUUCUGUCUAUGAUCAUAAUCAGCCACUGAAUAGAACUAGCACUGUCAGAGCUGGAGUAAAACGUCCACAUUCCGCCGCAUUAUGUUACACUCACUGUUCAGAUGGCGGAGAUCCUUUAACACGUCCUCUCUCAGCGCCAAAACGUUUAAUUGAGGAAAUGCAUGUAUCUUCUAAUCUGAAUAGUAUUCUAUCAUCUCCUGAUAAUACUCCAAUAUCUUCAGUGAAGUUCUCAAACACUGAUCCUGACGCCCCUAAAUCUACUCUUGAAGCUUUGGUGGCCUCAACAUCUCCGUUGACGUUUUUCCCCCAUGAAUUUCCAAUCGAUUCAGAAUGUGAUGAGAAAUUUCCAGAGUUUGCACCUCAAGUUUCACACAGUUUAAUGAAUAAAAAUAUUAUGAACGACUUGUCUUAUUCAGUUGAUUUAACAUCACCGAAUACCGAAUUUUCUAUCAAAGGAGAAGUUGAUUUAAAUGCUAUUAAUUCAGUUCCAUCAUCGCAAUCUAUGACAUCCUUGGAUUUAAAUGAUCCUAAUUUCAAAUGUCCAAACUCUCAUGGCAGUCAUAAAUCUGUAUACAGUGAUCUGGGUUUAAUCUCUGAUGUCUUGGAAAAUAAUAAUACAUCUGCGGCAACGCAUAUGAAUGAAUAUGUUCAAGCCAUAAGGACAUAUGCUGCUGAGUUAUGCCCGGUAGACUGUGUGAUUUUGCUUGAACAUUGUCGACCUUUCAACUGUGAUAGCCUUUUCAUGAAGUAUUUUCGUGAUCAGUAUCUCUGUCCAAUUUUGAGCAAUUUAAAUGGAGGUCCCCCACUCAAUGCUGAUUUUGGAAGAGAUGUCUAUACAUCCCUUUAUUCACUUCAUGGCUUCUGUUGGCGCAAGCCAAUGCAAACAACUACGCUGAUGCCUGAUACACCUAUAAUUUAUAAGAUUCUAAAAAGAGUUGCUACUAUGCAACAUGAAUCACGUCACACCAGUGAUCAAAUUAAUCCUUCUGAAGGUACACCUGGUCAUGAGUUAUUACAAGCAGCAGUCAGAGAAUUCGAUGCCAUUGAUCGAGCACGGCGUGGUUUAUGCAAAAAGGUUCAAAGACAUCUAAUACUCCUAGCCAUGUCUCCAGUUGAUACAAGUAAACUCUGGGAGUCAGAUUCAUCUUUUAUAGAAUUGGGAGACGAUGGUUCUAAACUAAACUCUCAAGAACCACUUAAAAAUUUAAGGAUGAGAGGAGUUGCUUUGAGUGUUUUUUCACCUAUCCAAAGUCCAAGUCUUUUGAAACUGUAUGAAUUAGUUAAUGGAACUCCAGCCUCACCUUUCUAUGAUCGACGCUGGCAAACAGUUGCUUUAUCAGACAAACUAUUAGAAUCAGAUAUACCUGAAAGACGAAUUGUCGGUCCUAUGGCUGCAGCUUUUCAUGCUCAAACUGAAGCUGAAUUGUCUAUCAUCGAGCAUAAACAGAUUUUCUCUAAACAGACACUCACAAAUGGACAUUCCAAUAGAAUAAUUGACGAUUCUCAUCCUCCGUCUCAUACAAGUGCACUUACAAGCGAUCACAGUUUAAAUAAUCGUUGCGUUGUUAUCAGUAAUAAUAAAUAUCCAGUUCAGGAACAGAACUUACAACAAUCCACAUACUGUACAGAAACGUCUGCUUAUCCCAUUACUUCGAAUUCAUCUCUAACCAUAGCGACAGAUGGCUCUUUCCGUACUGAUUCUAAUUCUUGUGGUGGAAACAGUUCGUCCCAGUACACAAACGACGGUUUAUCACCUAUGGCAGUUACUCAGUUCUGUGCUACUGCUUCACCCAUUGGAUCCUAUCAACGUCCUUUACGUAAUCCUUCGGCACUUGCACCUAUUCAAUAUCCACCAACUAGUGUUCCUAAUUAUUCUGCUCGAAGUGUUUGUAAUAGUCGUGGUGGUUCAGAGAGUAAUAAUAAUACUAAUAACAAUAAUAAUGUACGAUCUGUUGAGGGUAUUACACCAUUGGCAAACUCACUAUCAGCUGGUCAUUCUGGACCCAAUUCGGUUGAUCAAACACCUGGAAGUGUAUAUGGCUCUGAUUCAGUAGCUACACCUCAAGGAAUGUAUGCCUCCCAAACUGGAACUGUAUCACCUUUACAGGUGGCUAACAAUUCUCAUCCAGCAUCCCAGCUUCAUUCUCCACUAGGUUCUGGUGGACUACAUUCGCAUCAACUAAUACCAUCCUCAAUUCAGUCUUCAUACAAUGCCUAUCAUCAUAACACUAGUCAUAUAUAUCAGAAUCAACAGUCUCUAUACGAUCAAAAUACAUCAAAGGUAAUGCCUGGUACUGCACCUUCACCUAAUUUACUACAAAAUUCUUUUCGGCCUUCAUCAAAUGCGCCCUCACCCAGUUCACAAUUUAUACCAACCACAGUGAACACUUCUGGUCUAUCUUCACCGUGUUCAUCGCGUGUGCCUAGCAAACAAUAUUCUCCUCAACUAACACCUCAUCAACAACAAGGUUCUCCUCAAAAUCGUCUAACUUGUCCUGGAGGAACUCAAAAACCAAUUCACUCUCAGUUUAUUCGCGGUAAUAAUAAUAGUAGUAAUCAAAUGUCAACAUCAAACAAUCAUCAAACAAAUGAAAAUUUCACUACACAUUCCAGAUCUAAUACACCAACGAAUACAGUUUAUACUAAUAAUGCAACAAUUAAUUCUAGCCCACUGAAUAAUCCUCAGUAUGUCAAUUAUAUAUCUAAAGAUAAUUUACAACAACAACACCACCAACAGCAGCCACAGAUGAAAAUAUCCAGUCCUCAAUCUUCUUCAUGUCUUCUCGGAAAUGAUAGUAAUGUAGUACAGCAUUCAUCGAAUCCACCUUCUCAACCCAGUAUGACUAUUUCACAACAAAAUCAUCGUCGGUCACAUAUUCCAGCUAAUACAAAUAUAUCUGUCCAUCAAUCGUCUCAAAUAACUCAACAACAGUCACAGUUGUGUCCACCUAGAUCUGUGUUUUGGGAAGGCGAAAUUCAUCUUGCUGAUCCAAAUGGUAUGUCUAUGACUAAUCGUUUUCCACUACGCCUACUGUUAGAACAAUGUGCCAUACGUGAUGUGAGUCAAAUAAAUUUACAAAUGUGGGGACCCGUAGCACAAUUAUCGAUUAUUCAAGCUUGUAGAGAUAGUCUAUUGGUUGAACGUCUAUCAAGUCCACUUGGUAAUGGUCAGUUAUUAGCUCGUUUAUUAGUCGAUUUACCUGAUUCUAAUGAUGUUAGCAAUUUAAGCGCAUUACUGUCAACACAAACAAAUCAAAUGAUUAUACCAUUGGGGAUUUUAUCACCAUCCACUUAUCGUUUAUCUAAUCCUAUUCAACCGGGUAUUGUAGGAUUUAUCUGUUUAAUUUACAAUCCUAAUCGUAAUCGAAUUCAUGGUUUUGUACCGUAUGACUCUGAACAAUUUCGACAAGAUAUUGUAAUGGGUCGUUAUACUAAUACAAGAUCAUCUAAUAACAUGACUCCUGAUUUGAACAUUAAUCUGUCUGGGAAUCAUUUUCAACGUGUUCAUCCAAAUUCCCAGACGUUCUCACAAGGACAUGUUGAUAGUGCAGGAACUAUGUUAAAUAUAAACUCUCAGUACAUGAAUACACCACACAUGGCAAAUAAUAAUAAUAUUCCACCUCGUGAUCCAAGUCCGUGUAAUUCCGUCAAUCCUACAUACCAAUAUCAAAAUCAAUCCUCACAUAUUCCACAGUAUAUGCCACAACAUAUUAAUUCACAAGCACAAAAUCCAUCGAAAUCACAAAUUUUAGGAAAUACUGCUUAUCAAACUAUUCAAUUGAAUCAACGAUCUACUCCAUCACCACAUAACUUGCAUGAUAAUUUACAGACUGGACCUACCUAUAUGCCACAAUAUCCAUUAGAAUCAGAGACAUCAACUCAAUGGAUAACUAAUAGAACUGAUACUGUAUCUCAUCAGAACCAACAACUUUCGAUUUCAAAUAAUACCAUACCAAACCAGUCUGUACGUGCAAUACAGUCUGGUCAGAAUUCUCACGUGAUUCAGCAACCUGUUACUCAACGAUCUGCAAUAUCCACUGGGUAUAGUAAUACCACUGCUUACCAUGGUCAUCCUCUUUCAAGACCUAACCUAGAUCGCCUUAAUGCUCCAACACCAGUUCCAGUGCAAUGUAAUUCCAUGACUGAUCCUUCAGUUAUGUUAGAUCAAACUUCUAUCCACAAUUCUCCACUUACUAAUGUACUCUCUCAUGGGCAACAGCAAUCUCAGUCCCACUUUAUUCCAAGUGGUUCAAGAAUCCAGAAUACUAUUCCAUCUAAUUCUGUUAAUUCAUACCAUCGAAAUAUCGUGCCACAAAACUCAGGAUAUUCUCAACCUCAAUCAUUUAAUCAAAGAGAUCAUUAUAUGGCUACACAGUCACAAACUCACCUUUCACCAAGUGGUAAUAUUGGAGGCGGUUACACAUGUUAUCAGCCUCGUAACAAUAUGGUAACCAACAAUAUACCGAAUCCAUCUGGUCAUCGUUUUGUUCCUGGACCACCUAAUGUAGGCACUUUACAAAUGUCUAAUCAACAGUCACAUGCUCCAAAGCAUCAACACACAACUGUACUUUCACAAGGAGAAAAUAUGAACAAUCGACAUGGAACAUUUGGUCAUCAAAGUGCACAUAUCCGUCCAAGCCUGUCUAACAUUAAUUGUAAUACUUCAGUUGACGGUAUUGGACCUCACUAUGCUAUCCCUUCACAAGACCUCCCACAGCAUAUGAUACAUUCAAGCUUACACGGAUCAUUAAGACAACAACCUUCAUAUGACUCCUGUGGUCCUAGUGGUGGUGGUAGUAACUCUCAGGGCUUUAUUUGAUCCUAUUCACUUCAGAUACCUAUACCGUUUAACUUUCUGUGAUUUUCAAUGUUGUGCCUGAUCUUGUCACAGUCGUUUUAUAUAGGCUUAACUUCACUGAUAAGUUCGUUUAUCUCUUUUACACUGUUUUUUAGCCUAGUGUAUGAUGAUGAUGAUAUUCACAACUACUGUUUAUAUGUCUAUUGGUGAUCAGGAUUUAAAUCUCAUGUAUGUAUAAUUGAUAGAUUUUUUGCCCAUAUCACUUGUCUUUCUUUUGUGUUUCUUCUCAAAAAAUUUUGUUUCUUAAUCUUUCACAAGCACUUAGCUUAAUUGUAUUCCCUUACAAUUUACACACAGGGCACAGCUGUUUAUGCACAUAAAAAUGAUUUUUUACGUACAUAUUGUUAUAAAUGCUUUGGUUAUUAUUAUUACUAUUAUUAUUGCCACUCUUUGUAUUAUGUUCGUAUUAUUAAGUUUAACCAACUGUAACUAAUAAUCAUAACCGUGUACAUUACUAUUAUUAUUAUUUUAAUUGUGUGCUUUAUUUCCUGAAAUUCUACAACCCCUAAUUCUUCGAUAUGUCUCCCUGGUGUUCUUGAAACCAUCCAAUGAAAAGAAAAGAGAAUCAAAAAUAAACAAAUCCAUUGUUUACACUUUAUUAUUGGGUGCAUAGUGAAGUUAUUGUUACGUUAUUUGUUUUUUCUUUAGAGAAUAGAAUUAACAUCUUUCAUGUAAAGAACAUAUAUAUAUAUAUUGAAUAUUAGUAAUGAUCUAUCUCUUCUUUUCCAAAAAUUAAUAAUUACUAAUUCCAUUAUCAGGUCUUGUAAGAGUAAUUUAUUGGAUGUAGGGGAACUAUAAUUAUUUUCUGUUUUCAUUAUUAAUGUCAUUCUCGAUUUUAUGUGCUUGUUUCAUUCUUUCUCAUUACACACGCAUAUACUCUUAAACUUUUUUGUUAUAAAAAAGACAGAAAUUUAUUGAACUUUUCGAGUUUCAACAAUGAAUAGUUAUAAUUUUGAACAUAGGUCUUUGCUAAAUUUCAUACAUAUAUGAGCUGCUGAGU